GAAAGUCUUCCUUUUAAAAUACUAAAAAACAUAUUAUAUCAAUGAACACUGAUUUUGAAAUGAAUGAAUUAAGCCUCCAACAAGAGGAAGAGGAACAAACUACCGAGAUUUAUGUUAGCAUGAUGUCUAUGAUGAGAUCUAAAUGGGUAACCACUAUGCCUUCCUCAGACGCUAUGGAUCUCGAUGAAGAAGUUAAUGAAGAACUGGGAGCUCUUGACUCAGAAGAGAAUAACUAUAACGAAGAUAAUAGUGAAAAUGAGAAUGAAAGUAACGAUAAACUAGCAAAGCCCACUGUCGAAGAAUUUGCUAAGAAACUUGCUAGCAGCAAUAAAGAAAAAGAGAAAACUUUGAAAUACAGAAAGUACAAUCAGGAACAAAUCAAAGAGUUUAUCUGCUUGAUAACAGAAAUGGUUCCUGUAAAAGACGCAGCUUUACGAACUGGUAUCGUUUUAAGUUCAGCUUAUUGUUUCCGAAAACAAUGGACGAAAGAGGGGAAGAUAAGUGAAACAAAAAAAAGGAGGACGUGUUGUUGGAAAUGUUUCUGAUUUAAAAGAAGAGCACACAAUAUUUUUAACAAAAAUUGUGGACGAUUUUGCAACUAUUACUAUUACACAAAUGGGGGAGAUGUUGCACCAGGAAUUCCCUAGAUUGUCUGUUAGUAA